AUGCCUGCAAAACAUAGACCAGCAGUUCCUCCACUUCCUAGGUUAAGAGUGAAAAACCAAGUUGCAAAACAGCAAGCAAAUCCAUGUCUUGUGGUAAUGUCACAAAUGUUGAAUUGUUGGGCGUCCAACGGAGAAGGUAAUGCUGUAUGUAGAGGCCUGGAAGUCGAGUUAAAGGGAUGUAUGGCAAAGGGUAUCAAAGUUGCGCCACCUUCCAAACCAACCUUGAAUUACCAUGCUGCUAGAUUACUACCAAAGAUUCAUAAACAAGAAAAAUGA